AUGAGUGAAGACCAAACAUCCGAUGACUCCCUCAGCUUCUCAGAUGUCAAUGAGGAUACUGACUACAAUCCUUUCAUUGCUGAUGGUUUGUUUGAGCCAGAUUAUGAUCCACUGGCAGAUAGCAACAGCUCGGAGUUCCCUUCAUACACAUCAUCCCCCAUUCAACUUGCCAACACUCACCGUUUAAAGGAGAACCUAACAGGAAGUCCCGCAGCCAAAGUUCGAGCUAUCCUGGACUACAUGAAUUCAGUAGGCCUUGACUUACCAUUAUUUUUGGAUUUACUUAGUUGGGAUGAUCACGAGUCUAUCAUUGACACAAAAAUCUGGUAUGCAAGGACUUCGUUGAUGGUCAGUGCUGAGCUUCCAGGGAUUUUAAAGUGGUGGCACAAACCCCCACACACAAAAGGGACUCGCAAUUCCCUUGCUCAUGGAGCACAACUGGUGCUCGAAGAAUUUUCCUUGUCAUGUGUUGCAGACAUACUCGAGGCUGAGCUGGAAUCCAUCAAGGACAUGUGCUAUUGUCCCCCAGAGGAUGUUUCGGAAGAAGGCCUGACAAGCCUUUACAUUGAAGACAUAUUGUUGAAACUGUCUGCACAAGAGAAACAAAACACUUUGAAGAAUCCUGACUUGAUCAUGUUCUCGCGCUCUCAUCAUCACAGCCACUGGCCAAAAAUGUUGACAACAUUCCUUAAGUCUCAAGGCAUCUCUGCAAAAAGCCUCGACCUCCUACGGACAUUUUGCCUGACCAUGAGCCAUAAAUGCGAGUUGACAACAAAAGCCAUUUUGAUUCGGGAACUGCAGCUACCGUAUUUUUACAACCAGGCGCUCCUCCAAUUAAACCACUCUGCAACCGUACACUACAGGAGUAUUGAGCAGCUGGACGGAAGGUUCCACUCACAGUGCAAGGCAUCCUACUCCUUGAACAGGCUGCAGCCUCUUCUCGUUAUUCCCGUGAUCUCUACCAUGUUCUUCAUGUUCAACCCAUCUGCUCCUGUCCAAAGACUACCAUCAGGCCAACAAUAUAUCACAAAGCAGUACAUGCUGGGAACAGUACAUAUUGAAGAAGCCAGCUACGAAGGCAAUGAGAUGCUUUUGGGCAAGUGGCUUUCCCAGCUUCGGCUGGACUCUCUUGACAAACAAAAGAAGACUGGUCUUGAACGAGUAAUCCCAUGGGUUGGUGACCAGCUAACAGUGGAGCGGCUACGAGGACUUUUUAGGUUCUGUGCUCAGGAUCACAAUUCCUUUGACCGUUUGGACUGGCUCGUACCCAUCUUUGGGUGGUUUCAUUUACAGAUGGCAUUUGCUAACUCACGGCACAAGCAGUACUUAGGGACUACAGCUGGCCGGGGCCUUAUGCAUACUUUCACUUUGCUCGAAAGAAAAGGACUGGGUUUUGUGCAAACCCGAGGGCCUUUCCAUCAGAAUCUGCACGAUGCAAUCACUCAAGUUGCUGAAACACACUUUUGCGCAUGUUGGACAGUUGUGGGUGAAGUAGAGACCCUGGCACAUCUCCGUUGCAAAUCCCCAGGCCAACUUGUCCAUCUUGCAGAAGAAAUUUUGAAGACACUCGCAUCUAGUACUGCCUUAGAGGCCAUUCACCUGCAAAGCAAAAACACACAGGACGAAGUCUUGCGUCAGAGCAUCCUGUGGAAUUGUGAUGUGUUGAGGUAUAUAGAUUUAGAGAGGGCCAUGGAAUGCGGUGAUGUGGGAAUAAUGGAGGAGACUCUGCCCCAUCUUUUGUAUCGUUUUGCGGGAGGUAAUAACAAAAGUUGCUGGUUGAUGAACACGACCGGCCACCCCCUCGGAUUUCUGCCUAUAGACAAAGGGCAGGAACAUAAUAUCAAGGACACAAAGGUUACAUUUGGAACUGGUGGCCCAAAUGCAUCUUGGGCUCUUAUGAAGAAAACUUCCCCAGCCAUUCCCGCACUCAGAGCUGUGCACAAGCAUACAGAACUUCAAAUUCGGACGCUUUGA